UUUAAGUUCCAUAUGGACCCUGGAUAUUAGACCUUUGUCAGAUGCAGUUUGUGAAUAUUUUCUCCCAUUCUGUAGGUUGUCUGUUUACUUUAUUAAUAGUUUCUUUUGCUGUAGAGAAGCUCUUUAGUUAGGUCCCACUUGUCAAUGUUUGUUUUUAUUGAGAUUGUUUUUGGGGACUUAGUCAUAAAUUAUUUCCCAAGACUGAUGUCCAGAAUGGUGUUUCCUAGGUUUUCUUCUAGGAUUCUUAUAGUGUGAGGUUUACAUUUAAAUCUUUAAUCCAUCCUGAGUUAGUUUUUGUAUAUGGUGAAAGGUAGGAGUCCAGUUUUAUUCUCUAUAUGGCUAGCCACCUAUCUCAGCAUGAUUUAUUGAAUCAGGAAUCCUUUCCCCAUUGCUUAUUUUUGUUGACUUUGUCAAGUAUCAGAUGGCUAUAGGUGUGUGGCUUUAUUUCUGAGUCUCUAUUCUGAGUCUCUGUUCCAUUGGUCUAUGUGUCUGUUCCAUUGGUCUAUGUGUACCCAGUACCAUGUUGGUUUGAUUACUGUAGCAUGUUUCCAGCUUUGUUCUUUUCGCUUAGGGUUGCUUUGGCUGUUCAGGCUCUUCUUUGGUUCCAUAUGAAUUUUAGAAUAGUUUUUUUUCUAGUUCUGUGAAAAAUAACAUUGAUAGUUUGAAAGGAAUGGCACUGAAUCCACAGAUUGCUUUGCACAGUAUGGCCAUUUAAACAAUUUUGAUUCUUCUAAUCCAUGAGCAUGUAAUGUUUUCCAUUCAUUUGUAUCAUUUACGAUUUCUUUUGGCAGUGUUUUGUAGUUCUCCUUGUAGAGAUCUUUCAUCUCCUUGGUUAGAUGUAGUCUUAGGUAUUUUAUUUUUUUGUGGCUAUUGUAAAUGAGAUUGCAUUCUUUAUUUGGUUCUCAGGUUUAACAUUAUUGAUAUAUAGAAAUGAUACUGACUUUAUAUCCUGAAACUCUACUGAAGUCAUUUAUCAGUUCCAGGAGCCUUUUGGUGGAGCCUUUCGGGUUUUCUAGAUAUGGAAUCAUAUCAUCUGAAAAAUAAAUAAUUUGACUUCUUAUUUUCCUAUUUGAAUGAGAGUGUAUGUCUUGAUGUGGGAUCUGGAAACUAAGUGUCUGAAAAGCUCAGUUUUGCUAUGAGAAAAAAAACCAUUCUCUAUCAAAAGGAAUCAAGGCUUAAUAAAAGAUUUCAUAUUUUACAUUGAAGGAUGAGGAAGCUUAUAAAGAAAAUAGGCAUCAAGGUUGGUGGUUGAAAUAAUACAGAGAAGUAAAAUCAAGUGCAAGUUCAGAUUUGGUGAUUUGGAGUCUCAACUUUGAAGAGACAAUGUGUGUUCUAUAUUAUGUAGCAUAAUUCAGGGAUUUCUUUACCCUUUAGUCUCAGGUUUGAAAGAGGAGUUCUGAUUCAGAGUCUGGGAGUGUUCCUGAAACCACUAGUGUUUCUACAGGCAAUAGAGGAAAAGUCUACCCUCUGGAACAAAUUGGUUUUUAGGGAGUCCUUGCUGCCCUAUUCAGGCCUUUAAACACAUAGCCAAAUCCUCCAUCAGUCUUCAUGUUUACAAGAACAAUUCUCACUUUUUAACUUAGGGAAACACACCACUCAGGACAAGGCAAUAAUAAACACUACUAAAUUAUGUGAAAGGGUUAUAGAACAUAAACUCAAAGGAGGGCUGAAGUUGAUUUGAAUGCACAGCUGGAUGCUUCAUUGUAGCCACAUAGGCAUGAGUAGGGCAAACUGCUGAAAUUUGCUGAGGAUCAAAUUAUGUUCCACAAGAUCAUGCUCGCAAGAAUUACCAGAAUAUCCAACAAAAUCACUAGAAUCUAAGACUUGCUCAAGAAUAUUCUCUGAGAAUAGGCAGCCAUAGAAUGAGCUAAGUGAAGCCCGACCACAAGACCUCACUGGAUUAACGUCCUGAUUUUUCCAUUGCAUAAGUUUACUCUCGGCAGAAUUACGGUUGGGGGGAGGUUGGGGUGGGAGGUUAGCGGGGGAGAGUGGAUCCACACUCUGAUAGAUCCUAUUUAACUAGUUUUACUUUACUGUGCAGACUACCUCCCACAACAGGUAACCUUGAAUGUAGGCAGACAUGCUUCCAGAAAUGUGAGUGGAGGUAGGGCGGAAUAAAGAAAAUGCAACUGCAAAACUGAAAAUUCAUAUUUGCACAAUCAUGUUUAAAUGAUUUUCAAGUGUUGGAGCUGGUGUGGUGGAAAAGAGUUGCCUGACGCUUUGGUUUGAAGGCCAGGGCUUGUCAUUUACCAUGUCAGGAGAAAUUCCUCUCUUUUCGACAAUAAUCUCCGCACUGCCUACCUCAGGAGGUCCUCGCGAUGCCAAAAUGCCGCCAGUGUGGGUUGCGCCUCAGCUGAGCACUGAUUCUGCAGCCUAGCGGUUUGGGCGGGAAGUCCCACCUCCGCAACCCUGACCAGCCCGGCUCCCCACCCCCACCACCCGGAAGUGAACACCACGAGCUAGCGUGUCUACUUCACAGGCCAGGUCGUCAACUCAACUGCCAAGGUGUCCAUUGUACCAGCUGGGCCAUGGAUCCCUCCCGCCUGAAAUCUGACUCCACCCGCCAAGAGUCUGAGCCUGCAGGCCUAGAUUUCGACUCUGCUGGCCAACAUUAUUUCUCUGCAGCCCAAUAAUUCAACUCUUUCUACCAAGAAUUGGACCUGGACUCUCUUAACGAAGAUCUUCUUUCCCAGUCCAUGCCACAUGCCAGGACAGAGACCUCUGUGGGCACAUAUGAAUCCCACUCGACUUCUGAACUGGAGGAUCUGACAGAGCCAGAGCAAAGAGAGCUCAAAACCAAACUCACUAAAUUGGAGGCUGAAAUUGUAACCCUACGCCACGUACUAGCAGCCAAAGAGAGACGCUGUGGGGAACUCAAGAGGAAGUUAGGCCUCACCGCCUUGGUAGGGCUGAGACAGAAUCUGUCCAAGAGCUGGCUUGAUGUUCAGGUCUCCAACACCUAUGUGAAACAGAAGACAUCAGCUGCUCUGUCCACCAUGGGCACUCUCAUCUGCAGGAAGCUUGGAGGCGUGAAGAAGUCGGCCACAUUCAGAUCUUUUGAAGGUCUGAUGGGGACAAUCAAGUCCAAAGUCUCAGGGGGCAAAAGAGCUUGGCCCUGACUGUCUUUCUUCUGCGGAGGGUGGGGUUGAUCUGCUCUCAGUUUUGGGGAGUGGGGAAGACCCACUCCAGAUUCCGGAGAGUGGGAAUGAGCCACUCCCAGUUCUGGAGAGUGAGGAUGACCAUCUCCACUUUCUGGAACCAGAAUGAGCCCCCUUGGUAACCUUGCCUGGUACUAAACCAGUGCAAGAACCCCCUUCCCUUAUUACAUUUGCAACUCUGCCCAACAAAAACAAGCAAGCAAACCACAAUGGUAAAGUGGUUAAUUCAGGAAAUUGACAGAAUCCAGUUUUGAGAAAAGAACACAGAUAUUUGCUACUUUUAAGAUAGAGAACCCAAAGUUUUGUACCUGGUUAUUUUUCACUUAAGUUUGUAGACGAAAUGUGCCAUUAUAUUAGCUUUCCUGAGACUGUAUCUAAUGGGCAAGUCAGUGGCUCCAGAGGGGUCUUAGGCCAAAGCCCAAACUCUCUUUUGGAAAACUAGCUUAUUAGAAAGCCAAAGUAGAGUUCUGUUUAAGCUUGAAAGAGGUAUGAAGUAAUCUGUAGUGUUUUUUUGGUUUGUUUGUUUGUUUUCCCUUCCCCAUUUCCUUCCUUCCCUCAGUCUCAAAGUCACCUUGAAAGCUUCACCUGGCCUACAACUUUUAUUUGAAAAAGAUGAUCAAGAAAACUUCAUCUUCUCUGAGACUCAGAAAAAGAGGGGAAAAUAGUGGUAGUGCACUAAUUGUUACAUUACUAACACAGCUUUUGUAAAACUCGUUUGUUUUCAAAGGUCUGGACUAAGCAAAACAACAGUGUCAGUUUAGGAAAUUAUUACUACUUUGAACACAAACUGAAAUUGCAACUUUGCCUUGUGCUUUGUUUAUAAUUUCUUUAUAUAUCAAAAUGAGUGUUUUAAAGUUUAACCCUUGAAGCAGCAUGUCUUUGCCAUAGCAGCACUUCACUUAAAAGGAAGAAAUUGCCUCUCUGGCAGCAACUCCUAGUUAGUUACCACCUCCAGCUGACGGGCUGGAGGAAAACAGGUAUAGCCAAAUUCAAGAAAGAUAAACCCCUGUCUCAAGGAACAUUUUAAAAAGAAUGUCUGUCCCCUGUGAUGCUGGCUGUUAUGCCUUUGAAUGGACCUAACUAUACAUCUUUGCUCUUAACUCCAAGUCUGCCCUUCUUUUUAGGAAACCCUAAAUGAGAAGGAAGCAGAAUAUAACCCUCUGGAGAGUUCAAAACAGUAGGAACCUGGACGGUGCUUGUUUGAAUUUUCUGAUAUCUGAUUUUCACACGAAUAUACUUUUUGUUUGUUUUCCUUUUCCAUUUUCAAAAUGCCAAGAUCUGGGAGCCUCUUUCACUCCUCUAGACACACUGCCUGAGAUAGAAGUUUGCAUCUUAUUGGCUGUGGGCAGAGACUAGGACCCUUAUGGGUACAUUUCAAUAACCUCUCACUGCCUAAAAUGGUAAUCCCUCCAGCCUAAGAGGAUGAUUCUAUUUUGUUGACUCUUGAACGCUCCCCCAACAUUCCUUUGGUUUUCCUAUAAGCAAAACCAAAUACCACUAUAAAUACAAAAGCAUUUGGUAAACUGUAAAGUUACUCAUGUAUCCCAACCCUCCACAGAUUUCUGAAGACAAAGUUUUGCUUGGAUUAAAACAAGAUGUUUUACUA